AUGGUGCUCAUCAUUCUGGGACUAAGUGUUCUAAGUCUGACCACAGUUAUCGGGAAUGUUCUGGUCAUCGUCUCCAUCAAGGUAAAUAAGAGCCUCCAGACAAUCAACAACUACUUCCUCUUCAGCCUUGCAUGUGCGGACCUCAUCAUUGGUGUGUUCUCCAUGAACCUCUACACAAUCUACAUUGUGGUUGGAUACUGGCCUUUAGGGCCCAUUAUUUGUGACCUCUGGUUAGCUCUGGACUAUGUGGCGAGCAAUGCCUCGGUCAUGAACCUUCUUAUCAUCAGCUUUGAUCGCUACUUCUGUGUCACCAAGCCACUCACCUACCCAGUGAAAAGGACGACCAAGAUGGCAGGUCUGAUGAUUGCAGCCGCCUGGAUUUUGUCCUUCGUCCUGUGGGCUCCGGCCAUCCUCUUCUGGCAGUUCAUUGUGGGUGUUCGCACAGUGCGUGAACGCGAAUGCUACAUUCAGUUCUUCUCCAACGCUGUGGUCACCUUCGGCACAGCCAUCGCUGCCUUCUACCUGCCUGUGGUCAUCAUGAGUGUGUUAUACUGGCAGAUAUCCAAAGCCAGCCGUAGCCGCAUCAAGAGAAGAGUCAGUUGCAAAGGGCCUGGAGUCAGCCAGGAGAACAGAACUCCUGCUCUCUCAAGCACCGCUGGGAAUGGAGAGCAAAGCAAAGAACCGGAGGAUAUGCAAAAACAGAACACUGUUGGUGAGGACAGAGAGAGUGAGAACGACUCCACAUCUGGCAGUGCCAUAGCUUCAUCCAAUCAGAGAGAGGAGGAGGGGGUUUCUAACAGUGACUUGACAGCCGUUCCAACCCAAACUUCAUCGCAAGUGAAAUCAAGCCAUGCCAAACUGCUUUGCUUUGGAAAUUCCUCUCAAAUGACCACACAUAACAGCUAUAAACCUGCAAGUGAACAGACCGGCCAUCACAAAGAAAGGCAAAGUCUGGUGGCCCUGAUCCUCAUGCCCCCGAACAGGAAAAAGAAAAGGAGUGGGUGUUCCAGGGAGAGGAAGGUUACAAGAACCAUCAUGGCCAUCCUUUUGGCCUUUGUGAUUACAUGGACCCCGUAUAACGUCAUGGUGUUGAUCAACACUUUCUGCUCUAUCUGCAUCCCUAAUUCUAUGUGGGUCUUGGGCUACUGGCUCUGCUACAUUAACAGCACGGUUAACCCAGCCUGCUACGCCCUGUGUAACGGCACCUUCAAGAACACCUUCAAGAAGCUGUUAAUGUGCAAGUAUAGAAACAUUCGAGCAGCCAGAUAA